UGUGUCAGUCGUGUAGGACACAUUCCACAGUGGGUUUGGGACAAGUUCCACACGAGCUGACAGCCACUCACACACACGCACGCACACUACUCCCUUUUUCAGUGCGGAGGCGAAAAGCAAAAACAGUGCACACAUGGACGGAGAACAAUAAGCUCUGCGCCUUUUCUCUGCAACAUUAUCAAAUCUCUCGUUGGAGCAAAUUUCAUCGAUAUUGUGUAUCCAUCCCGGAUCGACUGGCAGGCGAGAUCACUCGUGACAAUUGAGUGGUAGUGACGAAAGAGUGAUUAGGAGAGAGAGGCCCACUCGCGUAUCCAGUACUCUUGACUCAAUCUCAGGGCAGAUUAGUCAACAGGGACGUGCCGAAGGGAGAACGUCUCAGAGCUGGUGAAAAGCCAAGAGACUCCCAGCGAAAUCCCCUCUCAGUCAACCACAAGGCAUUAUUCGGGCCGAUCUGAAUCUUCACAUGACGACCGUUUCCAACUGAAAAACACCAACCAUGAACGCAACAAUAAUGAGUAUUGCCAACAUAACGAGCGUCUUCUUCGAUGACACCCUCCAAUUCGUGUGCAAGGAACUCGUGGACAACUAUGUCCCAGACUUCAUCAGCACAAUGCCCUACAGACCCUGGAUGUUCUCCGUUCUCGGCUCCAUUCUCAUCGGACUAAGUGGCAUUCUGCCCCUCCUGCUGAUCCCCAUUCAGUCGGAGGACGACAAGAAGAAGGGAGUCAAUCCUUCUGAGUCCAAAACUCUGAAACUCCUCCUGAGCUUCGCUGUGGGCGGUCUGCUGGGUGAUGUCUUCCUCCAUCUGCUCCCGGAGGCCUGGAGUGGCGAUGUGUCCGCACCCGGAGAGCAUCCGUCUAUGAGAAGUGGCCUGUGGGUGCUUGGUGGCAUUCUCAUCUUCACCAUUGUGGAGAAGAUCUUUUCCGGCUACACAAAUGCCGACGAGAACAAUCCACAGCCAAAGUGUGUGGAGAUUGCAAAUUGUCUGCUGAGGAAGCAUGGUGGAAAACUGCCCGCCAAUGGCGAGGUCAUCAAAUGCACCGUGAAUGGGAAGUGUGAUAUUGAAGAUGUGCCAAAUGGAUGCUUCCUGGCCGCACAAGAGCGCAAAGACAAAGAGCCACAGCGCAAAGUAGCCGGCUACCUUAAUCUCCUGGCCAAUUCCAUUGACAAUUUCACGCACGGCCUGGCAGUGGCGGGCUCUUUUCUCGUCUCCUUCCGUCACGGUGUUCUGGCCACCUUUGCCAUCCUCCUGCACGAGAUCCCGCACGAAGUGGGAGACUUUGCCAUCCUCCUGCGCUCGGGAUUCAGUCGCUGGGACGCCGCCAAGGCGCAACUUCUCACCGCCGGCGCGGGACUUAUCGGUGCUCUUGUGGCCAUAUUCGGCUCCUCAGUCACAUCAGCUGUGGAGACUCGCACUUCGUGGAUAAUGCCCUUCACGGCCGGUGGAUUCCUUCACAUUGCCCUCGUGACUGUCCUGCCGGAUCUCCUCCAGGAAUCUGAUCCCCGAGAAUCACUGAAGCAAUUCACCGCGCUGAUCUUCGGCAUCGGACUCAUGGCUUUUAUGACCAUCGCAUUCGAAUCCUAAAGCACUGACACACACCCAUCAAUCUGCCAUAGAUGGCGACACAAGCUGUCCAAUCGUCAUCGCCACACCUAGAGCCCAGUCUAGUCUAGAGGAGAUGACUAGAGCGUGAGUUUAGAGAGCAACUGAGAGUGCUUACAGCUGCGGAGGUUUGUUAGAGAGCGGGAAAAUAUGUGUAAAUUGAUUUUGUAUACUCUUCUGGCGCAGACAAGAGGUAAAACUCCAAGGCAUGUGAUUUGAGACAAAAGAAAAAUUAACUAUGUAUAGCAAUUAAUGUUAAAUAUUGUUGAGUAUAUCGUAGAGAAGUAAAAAAAAAAAAUAUUUUUCUGUGGAUAAAAA